AAAGUAUCUUGAUUCAUUCUUCUAUCAAAAACCUAUCACAUGAAUCAAUAGAUCGAUGGCUAGUGUACAAGCUUCCCCGGGACCGCCUCCUGCGAGGCCGCCCACCCCCUCCGUUCCGGAUGGAUGGAAGGUUUGGUGGGCUCAAGAGAGUCAGAAAUGGUAUUACCACGAGCUGGCAACAGGCAACACACAAUGGGAUCCCCCCGGCAGCGUUCCGCCUCCUCCGCCUCCCCCGGCACCCCAGGCCGCCGAGGCGCCGUCGUCCUCGACAGCUGCCGCACCCACGGGCGACGUGAAGAGGAACCCAUUUGAGGACGCAACAGCGAGCCCCAACCCCGGCGACGCAUCGUCAUCAUCCCCCUCGCCGCCGCCCAUCAGCCAUAUGUGGGAAACGGGAGAGUUCUUUUUCGAGUUUACCGACGAGGCCAUCGAAUACUUACGCGAGAUCGAGAGCGAAGCGUAUUGCGCCUCUUGCCUGGCUGUUUUCCACAACGGCAUCGUGAUUCCUCACGCCGACGAUGCGAUUCCUUGCCCUGGUCGUUCCUGCUUGAUCCAGGUAGCACAUCAUUGGACUCCCAAGAGCGUAACGGACGCUCUUGAAAUGGGCUGCAUUCUUUGCUCGGAGAAUCUCGCCGACAUCCCUGCAUUACAAGAGGCGGAGAGGAAAUGCGACGAGUAUGGGCCUGGGAAAAAACCAGUUACGGUAUUCAGGUUUUUCGGCAAUGAAGCGAAUUCAGGCGCUACAGGCCUCCAGAUCAAAUACUACUCCGACGAGACUCCAGCGAUGCCCGACGCCUGGUCGUCCUAUCUCGGAAAAUCCCGUUACCGAGUUACUAGGGUGAAUUCAAGUGCUGCUGGAGUUUGGACGAUCCCUCGUGCGGACGACUUUCUUGACCGGGUGCUUGAGUGGGCAAAUACUUGCCGAGACACACACCAAGGCUGUGGGGUCUAUCGGGGGCUGAUGCAGCGAAUAAUCCCGCAGCACAUCCUAGAAAUCGGGGAAUCCCAUUUGGUCCUCCGCUCCCUAGAACUUGGCUGGGACGAGACCUACAUCACCCUCAGCCAUCGCUGGUCGAUCCCUGGAAGGCCGGACCCCCCCAAGCUUUGUCGUGCCAACGAGGCAGAGAUGCGGUCGCUCGGAAUCCCGUUCAGCUCGCUGCCUCCCGCAUUCCGAGAUGCCGCCAUCCUUGCUCGCCACCUGGGUGUGAGGUAUCUCUGGAUCGAUUCCUUGUGCAUCUUUCAAGACGAUGCGGCUGACUGGGAGAGCCAAGUCCCCUAUAUGGGAAACAUUUACGGCGGCGGCCUCGUCAACAUUGCAAUUGUGGAUGAGGAGUCUUACCGGGAGGGAUGGGUUCGGCGGGGGCCAUGUGAAGUGCCCAUCAUGUCAGCACCCAGCAACCCGGCCCUCCAGAGCUUGCGGACAGAAUGGGGGCCUAGCGUCGAGUCCAUGCCAAUCCUCCUACACGACUGCAUGAUUUUCAAGGAAACCAUCUCUCAGUCUAUGCUGCUUGCCCGCGGUUGGGUACACCAGGAGGUGUUGACGGCACCUGCGACCCUUUAUCUUACUCGACAAGAGGCUUGGUGGGUCUGCAAUGGGUUGUUCAGCAGCGAAGUCUAUCCGCGUGGCGCGCCUCACUUCAUUGAAAGUUUCGGCAUCGGUAAUAUACGUCGCUUAUUUUUAUACUAUCCAUUCGAAACCGCUGAGGCUGCAGUGCAGCUGUGCCACGCAGCCUGGGACAGCUGGGUUUGCUUGAUCACUGCAUUCUCCAGGGCCGAGUUCACUUACGAGUCGGAUCGGGUCAAAGCUCUCUUCGGUGUGAUCCUCGAACUGAGCUAUUUCUUGGGCCACCCCUUCGCCGGGCACUGGUAUCCAGUAUUCCCGAACAACGACAUGGACUUCGUACCACAGCUCCUAUGGAGAUGUGCGCCUGGCAGCAAUCCUCGACUGCGGAAUUCCACAGAGGGGAGUCUCGGAGACAACACUGGGCUGGAAUCCGGGGGGCCUGUCAUUCCGACAUGGUCAUGGCUUAGCUGCCCAAGCAUGAUUGUCUAUUUUGGCCUGAUGCCCGGAAUCACGCACUUCGUUCGACUAAUCACUGAGCCAGACUUGGGGGAGCUGGACUGGUUCGCAUGGCCACGGACGCGAAUGGCAUCAGCACUGCAUCUUGGCGUUGUUUUGGUUCCUCUGGCACCCAACCCCCUCUUCACACCUCUAUUAGAAGUCAUUUCUGGCCCUCUGGUAUCUACCAAUGGCGAAAGGGCUGCACCCGCCGUUUCGAUCGCGGUCGACCGCGCUGAGUACGUCGAGGAGAUGAGAACGCAGUCUGAAACCUCCAACGGAAGCAUGGAUGGCUAUUUUUUCAUCCCCUUCUCUCAUCGCAGGUCGCUAGCGAUCUAUGGGCUAGCAGUCAGGGAGCAGAAGGAGCGUUCAGAAGAUCAGCAUGACCGUCGCUUCUUCCAGAGGGUUGGGAACUUCAUCGUAGACGCAAAAUUUACGGAAGCACACGCGUUCAACGUUGAAUACUCGGAGGAAGCCUGGAGCUAUGUGUUUGACGACUGGAGUCUAGGAAGGCUCGGGAGGAAGGUUGUUCGCGAUCUCGAUUUGUGUAAUGAUUGGAUGAUGGCCGAGGAGGAACCUAACCUUGACGAGAUUUACCUGGUGUGAAUGUAGCGUCUUUUAUGGGAAGCCUAGCCAGAAUAUAUGCGUGUUUACCCC